CUUGCGUAAUGAGCGUGCAGGAACAUUUCCGACCGUAAAGUUUCUAAAGAUACCAACAACUGAAUGUGAACGAGAGGCGAAGCGAGCAAAAUGUUUAUUUCCUAUGGACAGUGGGUCCUCAAAGGCCACGCCUACGACUCAUCUGUCUCACGCACGGCAAUAUCACCAGUUAAUCUUGCACACCAGCUAAACCCUUGACCGUUGACUGAGUAGUGAGUAUUGCGGCCUGACGGUAUGUAGUUCUCCUAACGUUAUCUCAUGGACAUCGUGUUAUGGUACAGCCAGACGGACUCCGCUUUAUCUCCAGACAAUAAGUACUUGUUUGUAAAAUAAUUAGCAUCGUUUAGUUCUCGAUAAUGUUUUAACGCCGUAAGUGUCAGUUUGUUAAAGUUGCUUAACCGUUAGCUCUUAGUUUAGUUAGCCUCAAGCUAGCUAAUGUCUUGUGCGGUCACUAGCUACCAACGGCUGUCAGCAUCAUCACCACGACAACGGGCAUCCUUCCCACCCGGAUGGAAGGGUGAGGAACGAUGCUGAGAUUCCUCCGUAUCCUUUUAACAGGCCUGUUAGGUGUUCUGUGGGAUGGAGUUACUGGUUUUGGUGGGAUCAGACUAGCGGAUGGGGAGAACAAGUGUUCUGGCAGAGUUGAGGUACUCCGCCAUAACCAGUGGGGGACUGUUUGCGACCAUGGCUGGGAUCUCCGGGAGGCUGUUGUGGUGUGCCUGGAGCUGGGCUGUGGAUUAGCUGAAUCUGCCCUUCAUGGUGCAGUAUUUGGUCCAGGCAGUGGAGAGAUCUGGCUGCGUCAUGUCCAGUGCUCCGGACAUGAGGCCAGUUUGUCACGCUGUGCUGUUGUCCUCCACAGUAACGCCUACUGUAGCCACGAGAAUGAUGCAGGGGUGAGAUGCUCAGGUACGCUUUUAAUGCCCACCCUCAACCUGCUGUCACCUCACACUGUGUUCUCUCCUGGCGAGGCUGUUCGCUUUGGCUGCAGUGUUCUGCUGGGUCACCACCUCAGUGACUUCCACCUGUACAAGCAUGGAGUGUCCACGCCGCUGGUUACACAGAGAGCGGACCAGACCCAGACCAUAGUGGAGCUGACACUGUCCGACAUAGAAACUUUCCAUCAGGGCAGCUACAGUUGUCGGUACAGGAUCAAGGGCGGCUUUCCUUCUCAGCUGCUCAGCUCUCCACCCAGCAACUCCAUCAACAUCACUGUGGUGGAACUCCUGACUCCCCAACACUGGUACAACACUUCCACUGAGGCCCCGGCUGGUUCCGUCAUUAAAGGCCACAAUUUUAACAUCACCUGCUCCACCCCGCAGCAGUACCCUGGAGGUUCCUUCCAGCUGCGUUUGAUCCGCUCCAACGGCACAGUGCGCCAGUCCCUGCCUGCCCUCACCCCGUCCGUCACUUUCACCUUUCCCAGCGCCCAGAGCUCUAACGAGGGCUACUACUACUGCCUGUAUCGGGUCCAGUUAGGUGGACGCACCUUCGUCUCCAGAGAAAGCCAGCCCCUGCCUAUAGCCAUCCGAGACCCAGAUCCAGUACUGAGUCCAAUGGUGAUCAGCUGGCUUGUGUCCGGCCUAACAUUUGUGGUAGCUGUCAUCGUUAUAAUCAUUGUGGCCAAGGUGCUGUGCAACAAGGAGAAGAAGCCCACUGAACUGGAGCGAGAGACCAGAACCUGUGUGGACAACACUUAUGUUGCCUUAUCAAUUAACAAGCUAUGACUGGUAUGCAGGCAACAGAUCACUAAAGCAGAUUCACAAGUGAAUGGACAGUCAGAAGGCUCCCACUUUGUCCAUUGUGGAUUCAGUCGGGAGGAGACGUAACGCAGAACCAAGCAGCUUGGUCGGUCACCCACCUGGACCCAGUUCAGUUUGGACGAGACAGUUUUUACUGGACUCUAACACAGACCUACAACACACCAAACUGCAGGCUAGUGUUACUGCUGGGAGAUAAUGGAUAUUAUUGGCUUUUAAGCCUUGUAUUAUGGUUAGAUGUGAGCUAAUGGACAUAGAAGACUGACUGUAAACAAUUAUUUCCAGUUCUAAGUCUGUAGUAGUUCCAGCUAGAUUUCAGAUUCACUCAGAUUUGGCUACUGCCAUGACGCCAGAGGUAUGGAGUGGAAAACUGCAACUAAAAGCUAAACUGGGGAAACUGUGAUGUGAGUCCCUCAGGUCUGUCUAAAUGCAGUUUAAAAACUUUGUUUUGUAUUUACCAGGUAACACUAACGACAGGCUCCACUAGCUUAUUAUGUACUCGCUUCUACAGAUCAAUGAUCCUUAAAGGAUUAGAAGAUGUUUUUCUAUUUUAAGUCUAACCCUACUAUGCAUCUUACGUCAUUUGCAAUAUGUACAUUACCGCACUUAAAGUUGAUAGACGCUGUAGUUGAUUAAAAUGCUGCUGUUGUCGGAG